AUGUGGUACAUUGUGGUACGGCAAGCUGGUGGUACAGGGGUGCUCCAUGUACCCAUUACUGUACAGUCAGGUCAAACAGUGGCGGCCCUGUCCACAGAAGAGACAGACGGGGCUUCGUUCCAGGCAUAUGAACUAGUCCAGGGUCUGCCCACCAGUUCUGGGGCCUUCCUCAUCACCCAGCCACAGACCAACCCACAUAUAUCCUUUGCUACUGGAGGGAUGGCCACAGAUCAUAUCAUUGUCCACACACUACCCAUGUCCAGUACUCAGCUCCCUGAGUCCAUGAGGAGCAAUGAGAACGUGACGGUGCAGCUGAACCAUCUGAACCAGUCCCAGGUGAUCAUCCAGACCCAGCAGGGAGAGCAGAGGGUGGUGGCACUGGACAUGUCUGCAGCUGGACAGGGGAUGGAGGAUGGGGAGCAGGACGUCGUCCCCCUUGCGGAGGCCUCGCAGCAACCACCUGAACUGGGGCAGGUGGAGCUCAGCACUGAUGCACUGUCUGAGAUUAAGCUGUAA